AUGUCAGCAAUGGACGUAGAUUACGACGCAUCCACCGUCUUGGCUACUCUCAGACUGGAGACCGAGUCUGGAGACUUAAUAAAUUUGAUCUACCAGCUCGAAGACUACUACGAGAGAAAGUUAUGGCAUCAACUCACAUUAGCGUUGGAUGAACUCUACCAUUCGGAAGAGGCUUCUGCCGACUUGAAAUUCAAGAUCUACAGAUCGUUCGUCAAUCAGUUCUCCUCCAAAUUGAACCCAAUAAAAGUGGUUGACUUCCUCUUGGAAAGUUACCACAGCCAGCCCCAGGAAACCUUGGACAACUUGUUGGAGUUGAAGGAACAGUACAUCAAGGAAUUGAAGAGAGCCAACAACUACAAGGCCGGCGAUGAUGAGGCCUCCUUGCAAUCGUUAGUCAAAUCAGACGAAUCCGUCGCAUACGUCAGUUUACAAAUAGCCAGAUACAAGCUUCUCUUGAAUAAGGUAUCCGAAGCAGAAGAAAUCUUGGACGAAUUGAAGGACCUGUUUGGGGCCACUGGUGACGAGGGCCACAACUUCGAGAACCCAAAGAUCAACUCUGCCUACUACUUGGCCAAGUGUGAACUUUACAAGAUCAACGAAAACUACAACUUAUUCUACUCCAACGGAUUGUUAUACUUGUCAUCUGUUGACAACAAUUUGUCGGAGGCACAAAAAGUCAAGUUAUGCUACGAAUUGUGUAUCGCCGCUUUGUUGGGAGACAAGAUCUACAACUUUGGUGAAUUGAUUUUGCACGAUAUCUUGAAUGCUAUUAAGGACGAGUCCAGCCAGUACAAUUGGUUAUACCAUUUGAUCCAGAACUUGAAUUCCGGUAAUUUGACCCAGUUCAACCAUUGGUUAGCCACUGCCUUCAAGAAAUCUCCAUUUUUGACCAAGUUCGACGUAUUUUUGAAGCAGAAGAUUAUCAUCAUGAGUUUGUUGGAGUUGAUCUCCUUGAAGUCAACCACCAACAAGCAGUUGACCUUGCAGGAAAUUUCGAGCUUCACCGGAACUUCGAUCAACGACGUGGAGCACUUGAUCAUCAAGUGUUUCUCGUUGAACUUGAUUAAGGGCUACAUCAACCAGAUUGACGAGAUCUUAGUAGUCACCUGGUUGCAGCCCCGUAUUUUGAACUUGGACCAGGUCAAUGUGUUGUAUAAGCAUUUGUUGAGCUGGGACGACCAGGUCGAAACAUUGGCCAAGAACGUCUACAAGAAUGGAGGUUCUGUGUGGGCUGGAAUAUAG